UUGUUGUGAUAUGUUGCGAGUACGUCGUCGUGCAGUGCGCACGGUUCAGUUCAACUCGCUUGCAGUUAAGUUGAAUUCCUCGCUAAUUAAAUCACCCUCCCACCGUCACGAUGGCCACUCCUUUGGCAGGAAAGUUAGCUCUGGUGACCGGGGCCGGUUCUGGAAUUGGACGGGCCACAAGCAAACUGUUGGCCCGGGACGGGGCGAUCGUUGUUGCCGUCGAUCGAAACGUACAGGCGGCCCAGGAAACGGUCUCAUCGCUCGCAGCAACCGGUGACAAUGGUGCGUACGAAAUGGAUGUCUCCUCCGGCGAGAGCAUCGAUGAGGUGCUGAAGGCAGUGGUCGCACGGUACAAAAAACCUCCGACGAUCGUCGUCAAUUCGGCGGGCAUUACGCGUGACAACUUUCUGCUGAAAAUGCCCGAAUCCGAUUUCGAUGCGGUGAUAAAUGUGAAUCUGAAGGGUACCUGGCUGGUGCUGCAGCGUUUCGGCCGUGCCAUGAUCGAGCACGAGCUGGCGGGCUCGAUGGUGAACGUAUCGUCGAUCGUGGCUCGCACCGGAAACAUCGGCCAGUCAAACUAUUCGCCCAGCAAGGCAGGCGUCGAGGCUAUGACCAAGGUGGUGGCGCGCGAGUUCGGACGGUACAACAUACGGGUGAAUGCGAUCGUGCCGGGAUUCAUCCACACGCCCAUGACGGGCACGGUGCCGCAGAAGGUGAAAGACAUGAUCAUCAUGCAGUGUGCCUUGCGGCGCUUCGGCAAUCCGGAGGAAAUCGCGGAAGUAGCAGCCUUCCUGGCGUCGGAUAAAAGCAGCUACGUUAACGGUACCUCGAUCGAAGUGACGGGCGGAUAGAUAACUGCUACUACUGCUGGUCAACCGAAAAAUGUCGCCACCCUGCCCCAAAAGGGUUCGCGCGUUUGUAACCGAUACAGGUGUUGCUCAUAGCUCAAAGCUACCUCUUUCACAACGUGCUACCUCUCUCCACGUUUUAGCCAUGCAUUUACACUGUUUUGUAAAACAAAACCUCAACAGCGGAUUUUUCCCAAUAUUUUCCCAAGCAAAUAUUACCAUUCAUGGUUGUGUGUUCAGAAAAAGAAGAACGGAAAAAGGUAAAUAAAAAAUAAUGAUAAUAAUUAUCGUA